AUGCCGGACAGGGGUUUCAUGCAACCCGGUGAUGAGAUUAUAAGCAUACGUGAAGUGUGUUUGAGUGACAAGUUCGACUUCAAGGUGGACAAAAAGGAUUUAGGAUUCAGUGGAGAGCCAUUACUUUCUACGUCCAGCAGGAAUGACCUCGAUGUGCCCCGCUCUCUGUUUCGUGACGGCUUCUUCUCUGAUGGCUUGGAGCAGCAGCAAGCUAGAUUUGCAUGGACGGAGGAAGAUGGCAACAUUGCGUCCCUGGUCUCCGAGCCAGGGUUUGGUACCACCGGACAAACGACUUUUGGCAAAGAUUUGGACGCUGCGCUUAAGAGUGAGAUGAAGGAAGCCGAUACUUCGAGCGCUGUGCUACAGUCUACCAAUCGCAACGGCAUCACGUUUAGUAAAAAGAUAUUUGGAGAACCUCAUCUCGUGUCUUCCACAUCUGCGGGUACAUCGGGUACAGGUACAGACCGAGGUAAGGGUCCCGGUACUUGUAAGGUGGACAAGGCUGAUCCUCGCUCUAGAUUCCACUUCGUCAAAUAUGUGAAGAGACAUGGACGAACUGUCAAGCUAUGGGAGUGUGGCAUUUCCAGUUCAGCCGGCAUUAUCAUCGUCAUCAUCAUCAACAUCAUCAUCAUCAUCAUCAUCAUCAUCAUCAUCAUCAUCAUCAUCAUCAUCAUCAUCAUCAUCAUCAUCAUCAUCAUCAUCAUCCUACUACUACUUACUGCUGAGCAAACACGGAGAAGAUCUCAAGUAGAACAUUGCGAGGUAUCGUCUUCAGUGGGACCUUACCUACCCUCUAUGUCCUCUUCUGUAGAAGGCCCAUCUUCUUCAACUUGGACUACAAAGGACCCAUGGGAACUUCCUAAGCCUUACUUUGAACCUGGGGACAUUUGGAACGAAGGGCCUUGGGCUUCUAUGAGCAGUGGAGUGAUUGUAGACCCCAUAAAGACUUACCAUAUGGGAGUAGCUUUGGCUACUAGGCAGACGCCAUUUGCUUUGUUGAAGCCUGACAAUGGUACUCCUGUAUUGGUGAAGGUUGUUGACACGAAGCUCCCUGGUGGAAAGCAGAUGUUAGUGCCAGCCACUGCUGAAGAUUUAAGAGUUGGUGGCAAAAUUGUUCUGAACAAUGAUACAGAAGAUGGCGUAGCUCCACACGGUGAUAUAGAACCAAAAACAGAAGCUAAUGGUGCAGUCCAGAUCAGAGUGCCAGUAGUAGCGACUGUUGUGCCGAGAAUCAAACCUGGGGGAAGACUGCAGCUUACUGUUGAAGAACCUCACCAUGCUUAUCAUACUGCUUUAUCUGCUGAUGUUGGGGAAGUCAACGUGGAACCAUGCACCUCGAGAAACGACCUUCGCAUUGGUGCUCCCAGCGCUCUAACUCAUCCAGAGCCAAGACGUUUGGAUAGUUGCAGUGGCUUCGAUGAUGGAUUGCGGACUGGUCCUCAAAUUACAGCUGUGGAUAACAUCGACCAGGGUCCACCAUCUGACGAUUCGGAUAUUUUUAUUGGAGAAUUUGAGAAUUGCAUCAUGCUGUCUGACACGGACUGA